AUGCGUCGAACAUCGUUCGAGACAGAAUCUGGGGAUAGCACACCUAGCCGCAAAUCCCGACGCAGGUCUGCCCCAACACCGCGCUUUCAGCGGUCCUAUGACCCGGAGGAGCCGUUUGAUGAAACAUGCACCGAGAGGAGGAUCCAAUUUACCCCGCUACGCCAAAUCCUCGACACACGGACCCAGAGAAGAAUUAGGCGAAUCGGGUUGAGUGAUGAGAUCAAUCAGAUUGAGCGCGAAAAGCGUGAGACGCGGAACAUGGAAAAGACCAUGCGAGCUUUGCUUCAAGAGCGAGAUUCUCUGAAAGAUGAACUCAGGGCCAUUAAACAAGGUGGAAUGGGCUUGGAGGACCAAAGUUCGGUGGCUGAGUCUUAUUGGAUGACGCCAGAGACACCUAGAUUUUGCGAUGAAGUAUCGGUAGUUUCCAGUCACAGUCUGGAUGACGCCGCUCCAUCUACAAACAGUGAAGAGGAGACGUUCAUAUUCAAUGACAGUGCUGUCAUUGUGUCCAGCUCCCCUGAUUUCCGUGGUAUCCUGCGUCAUAAUCCACCGGUCACUGAUAGCUUGAUGCUAUCCGACGAAUCACAAACGCAGACUGAAGUCAAUACAGAAGAAUCUGAUAUUCGCUCCCUGUCCCUUGAUUUAGAGGCUGCCAGGAAGGAGAGGAAAAGCUUGUUCGACGCAUGUCGAUCACGAAUCUCAGGGUUCAAUGACCCUACAAUCAGUAGUCUUUUCCGCCAGUCAUCUCCACCACCGAACUUCUUCGAGAAUAUCAUGGAGAUCUUAGAAAAUGCUCUGUCUCGUGCGUCAGAUGCUGCCGAGGCUCUUGAAGGAGUCACCCAAGAAUGCACCGGCUUAGGAUUCUCCGGAGACGGCGUGGACGAUGUGAUAGCCGACAUGCGGAACCACUUCCGCUCAGCUCGCCUCGAGCUUGAGCGUGCGCUACCUGGUGAGACUGCCAACGUUAGCCUUGACGACGGCAAGGCAACCUUAGGUGCGCUGGUGAGGCGCGUUGAGUCACUGGCAAAAGAUCUAGGGACGGAGCGGCAUUAUCAUAACGGCUCUCUGGGCCGGGAAAGGGCUCUCAGAGGGCAAUUUGACGCCUUAUUACACCGAUAUGAGACAGCUGCAAGCAAAAUUGACAGUCUUGAGGAGUCGAUCGCAUCUUCUGCAAGCGAUAUGCUCCACACGCGGAUGCGAAUGCAAGAACUCGAACGCGAAGGGCAGGAACAGGCCGUUGGGAUUGACAGAUUAAGUUCAGCCCUUGACAAGUACAAUCAUGAAGUGAAGGGCCUCGAAGGUCUUAUCGACAAUCUUGAAAAGGAGAACACAGCUACAAAGGAGGACUACGCCCGGCAGAUAUCUAAGCUCAAGGAGCAAGUGGCCCAUGAACGUUCAAAGCGCUGUUCGGCGGAGGCUACGGCUUCUGAGUCCGAGUCCCGUAUUCGAGAAUUAGAGAAAACAGUCGAGCACAAUCGCAUUCGCGCUUGCGACUUGAUGGCUCAGGUGGAGCUUUUCGAAAAGGAACAUCAAAAAGCCAUCGAGAGCCUUGAGCAAAAUGCCAGUGAGCGUCAAACACAUGAGGCAGAGACAGGGACUCUCAAUGUUCGCAUCUCAGACCUCACCACAUCAUUGCAUGCUGCCAAGUGUGAACUGCAGCGUCUUCAGAAUAUCAACACCGGCCUCGAAGAACAGCUCCAGCUAGAAGUCGAAGCUCGGAAUGAGCUCCUAGAUAAGUGGGCCGCAGAGCAAGUGCGAUCGUUCGCCCACAUGAAGGAGACCAUCAACUCAGAACGUCGCAAAGCCAAAGUUCGCACGGCCAAUUGGGAAUUGAAGUCGGACGAUCUCAUGUCAGAUGGCACUACAGUGGGCGGUGGGAGUGAACCAAUCACUCCGGUUAGCGCCCGAUUUGUUGAUAUCGAAGUUGGCCGUGGCAAGGAUAGGCGACGUAUGGAUAUUGUCAGGAUAUCGGCCGAGGGACUGGAGGAUGGCAUUUCGGGUGUCGGCAGCGAUAUCGGAUUUGAUGUUACCGCCGGUGAUUUGGCUUAA